UUCUUUUUGACAAUUUUCCAGAGCAGUAUCUCUUAGCCCAGAUGCUGCACUUGGAAUGUCAGAUGCUGUGAAGAGAACAGAAAAUUUGAGGUAAGACUUGUUCAGAUUAAUUUGCCAGGGGCAGAGGUUUAGAGACAGCCUAGGACCAACUCCUCCAUUCCUGCAGGACAGUAUGGUUAUUGCAAAUAUAUUUGCAAUAUAUUGCAACUGAUUCCUGAGCACUGGAAGAAAUUUCUGGAAUCCAACCCAGAUUAAUUACUGUGUAAGGAAGGAUUUUUUUCUCCAGGGAAGGGUUCUUGCCCUUGCCAAGAGUGGUUGACAUAUGCUUGAAUGCUACCAAAGAACUUGAAUGAAUGAAUAAAAUGUGAAAAGAUCUUUCAAAACAUGCCUGAUGUCCCUUCUGCCAGCUGAUAAAUAACACCAAUGGAUUAUGCAAGUGGAGUUGCAAGGAUGAGUUGAGUGUUUUUGGACAGCAAAUCUUGAGACAGAAUGACAGCCCACAGCGACAUCUCUGCUGUGAGAUGUGAGGAGCAACAGCCUCAGAGAAAGCACAGGGCAAGCAGGGGUGUGGUGGAAACAGCAAUUAAGAUCUGUAAUUGCCUUCUUGUGUUCUUUCUGCAGGGCUUUGUGUAUUUUUGGGCAAGCAGUCAGCACACACGGAGUUUUUUGUCUUCUGCAAUCUUUUGCAGGUGUUUAGAUUCAGCCUGUCUGAUGGAAUUAAAGACAUUCCUUUGGGAAGCACUGCACAGCCCCUAUAAGGUCUGCUGUUCUUCAUAAUGUGGCUUGGUACCAACAUUCCAGACAGCCCAUUCCACUAGUUGUACUCUAGAAAUCUUUUAAGAACUGCUCUUGUUUGUAGGGAUUUGCUUUGUGUUGAGGAGGUCUUUGCAUGUGCUGCUUCAAAUGCUGUGAAUUAAAAAUAAAGCAAAGAAUUACAGGCUCUGGAACUAAUUCUGCUGAGCAAGACUCCUGCUACUGAGAUAGGGCAGAAACUAAUUCAUAAAGCCUCAUAGGGGACAAGAACUCAGCACCAAAAUGGAACUUAUUGUGAUGUCUGUAACACUUUUUGCCAACACCACUAGUUAUUUUUGAUUCUUCACUGUGCUAUUUACAAUUGAUCUGUAUUGUUUACUGUGAAAACUCAAAUUACAACAAUUCAUUGCUCUUGGUUCCCAAGUCUGCAUCUGUACCCACUGUUGUACAAGGCUACUGGCUGCUUCCUUUUACCUCUGCCCCAAGAAUGCUACAGGAUCAGUGUUCCUGCCCUCACCUGACAGCUGCAACUUUGUACCUGAGUUCUUGGCAUGCACGGAGUCAGUAUUUUGAGUGACACCUUCCAUAAAACUGAUUGCUCAAAGGGAUGUUUCUGGCUGAGGUUCCCACCUUCUCUGAUCCAGCCUCUGCUGGAUCUUAAAAUAAUGGUAUCAUUAGCAUAUUGCAGCAAGGUGAUGUAUUAAAUAACACUCAAGAAUGGAAAUAAUCCUCAUUUUCUUGGAUCAAGGACAGUGGUAGGAAAGAAGGGAAGUGAAAAUUCAGAAAUCUUCAAUGUGACAGGGAAGAGUUAAGAAGAACAAUACCGAGUCAUUUCAACUGACAGAUUUGUAGCAGUUUUAUAAUACGAGGUUGGAAGUGUGAAAUGAUGAUAAGUGUAAUUCUCAUAUCUCUGGUUUUGUUUCUUCUGAGUGCACAGUUCCUGAAUCUGCAAUGGAAGAGUCGUGGAUUUCCUCCUGGACCAACCCCAUUUCCCAUUAUUGGAAGCGUCUGGUGGAUAAACUUCAGAGCAGAUCAUGGGAGCCUGAAAAAGCUGGCAAAAACCUAUGGCAACAUCUGCACCCUGUGGAUGGGUCACAGACCUAUUGUGGUGCUCUAUGGGUUCCAAGCUGUGAAGAACGGUCUCACCAACAACUCGGAGGAUGUUUCAGGGCGACUGCAGACCUACAUUUUCAACAAAAUGGCAGAAGGAAAGGGUAUCUUGGUCUCAAACGGUCUCAUCUGGAAACAACAGAGGCAUUUUGGAAUUGGAACUCUCCGAAAGCUGGGAAUGGGGAAUAAAGGAAUGGAGCGUGGGAUACAAACAGAGGCUCGUUUCCUGGUCGAGUUCUUCAGAGACAGAGAGGGAGAAGCUGUUGACCCUUCCUUCCCCAUUGUCCACGCUGUCUCCAAUGUGAUUUGUGCUGUGGUUUUUGGACAUCGUUUCUCCCUAGAAGAUAAAACCUUCCACCAGCUGAUUGAAGCCUUCAAUCAUAUUGUGGCAUUUGGGAACAGCCACAUUUAUUAUAUGUGUGAAGUGUUCCCGUGGUUUGCAGAGCACCUCCCAGGACCUCAAAAUAAAGCAAGAUUUUCCCGGGAUUUUGUUCAUUCCUUUGUAAGGCAGGAAAUCAAAAGCCACAGGGAAAAAGGCAGAAUAGAUGAACCAGAAGAUUUCAUUGACUUUUACCUGAAGCAGAUAGAGAAAACUAAAAAUGUCCCCAAUUCUACAUUUGAUGAAGACAACAUGGUGCAGUCUGUUUUUGACCUUUUCCUGGGUGGCUCAGAGACCACAGCCACCACUCUGCGCUGGGCUCUGCUCUAUAUGUUGAUUUAUCCUGACAUCCAAGACAAAGUCCAGAAAGAGCUGGAUGCUGUUCUGAGUCCCUCCCAUCUCAUCUGCUACGAGGACAGGAAGAAGCUGCCAUACACAAAUGCUGUGAUUCAUGAGAUCCUCCGCUUCAGCAGCAUUAUUUUAAUCACAAUUCCUAGAGAAGCUGUGAAGGAUACCACAGUUUUGGGGUAUCACAUUCCAAAGGGCACUAUAAUUAUGGCCAAUGUAGACUCUGCUCUUUUUGACCCUGCCUAUUGGGAGACGCCUCACCAGUUCAACCCUGACCAUUUCUUGGACAAGGAUGGAAAUUUUGUCACCCGAGAGGCCUUCUUGGCCUUCUCAGCAGGUCACCGUGUUUGUCUGGGAGAGACGAUGGCCAAGAUGGAGCUUUUCAUCAUAUUCUGCAGCCUGCUGCAGAAAUUCAAGUUCAUUGUACCAGAAGGAGUUAAGGAAGUCAGCACAGACAUUAUCUUUGGGAGCACCAUGAAACCCCAUCCAUACAAGCUCUGUGCAGUUCUGCGCUAGGUUGCUCAGCAUUAGAGAUUUAAGAGGCACAGACACAGGUUUGGUAGUGUGCUGGUAUUUGUGCAGCUUUAGGGUUCUCAUUUUUAGCUCAAAUGCAGUGUAAAUCUCUCAUUGUUGUGUUACAUGUCUUAGGAGCCAGUGCUGAAAAACACUCUGGUUUCCUGUGUCUGGAAAGUGUCUGUACUUUUUUUCUGCUG